AUGGGGAAAAAGAGGAAGAGGCCCGUGAAGGGCAAGCAUGCGCAAGGCCAUUCGUCGCAGACUCGCAUCACUACGGCCUCCACCGGUUUCAGGAAUCCAAGUAGCUGUUCUUCCGACCAUGCGACCAGACUCACACACCCAGUAAUUUCGCUAUACUACCAGAGAGUGGUAACUUUGAGGCAGUUCCUCUUGCGCCAAAUACCAUCAGUUUCACGAUCCCGCCGUCGGAAAAUCGUAUCGAUCCGAACGGAUCCCGCAGAAGGCGCCUAUGACUCGUGCUCGGAUUCACACCGAGAACUAGCUAUUCUCCUCGAUUCCACUUUGGUGGGAAUCACGCAAGACCCAUCCCCUGCUCGUGAUCAUGAGCGAAGCCAAGAGUUGGCUGCGUUGCGCAAAUCCCAACCCAAGUCUCAAUUGGCGAGCACAGACACUGGGCCGCCAUGUGCACAAGCUGAGCUCGUGGACCGUGCUAUAGCUUUGAUCUGGAAGCCAUUCCUCUCCGAGUCCAAGAAAAAGCCGCAUCAUCUUCUGACUCGGGGUUUUCGAAGUGUUGUUGAGACGCACUUCUCGAAUGAGAAUGUUCAGAAGCUCAAAAGUGCGCCUUGGACGGAGGUUCUGGGAUUACUGGGCAAUAAUGGGGAAACCAUUAUGCUGCAUCUCUUGUGCGAUUGUGGAAUUUUCACAGCCUUGGACUCACGCAAAGGCAUAUACCACCAGAUCUGCGGUAUGUGGUAUUCUCUCGAGAAACUUGAUCCCGUCAACACGAAGCUACAGCAAACAUCUUUAGAGUCAAAUCGUCCCCCCGCUGGCAAAGGAUCCGCGGUGGUUAAGGAUGGCCAGCAGAUGAUGGCAGAUUGCUGUUCUGAGAGCCAGUCAAAUCGGCGGACGCCCAGUACCAUUGCUUUCAACCGUCACCGCAUGCUUUACGCUCCGCUCAUGCCUGUCAUCAAAGGAAAACCAAAAUUGGGCCUAGGGAACCAUGUUCUCAACCGAUUCUCCUCGUCCACCUCGCAGUCCAAGGCCGUCCACGUCAUGCAACACAUUUUCCCCUUGCAGUUCGCACUGACAAACAUUUUUAAACCUGACCCGGAGAACGACUUGAAGUUUUCUUCGCGUGAAGAUGAGAUCGCAGCCAAAUCAAAGAAGCGGAAACGCCCUUCCCCGGACUCCGAGCAUCAGAUCGCGAAAAACGAACGAGUCCAGCCGGCGAAAAUCCCAAAGCGCCUUCAAGGACAGGCGCUGGAGCUGGUCCAACAAUUACUCAAUCGUCAUAAGCGCUGCCCGUACGGAUACUUGUUAGACUACUAUUGUUCUUCAGAGCGUAUUGGUCCAUGGAAAUUCGGCCCACAG